AUGGACAGAGGCUUUCCCAGAAAAUAUUUUUUUAAUCUCUAUAAAAAAUUUAUUUUUUCAGAACUUCGCAAUUUCCAACUCAAUCGUUUAACUCUUGACAAAAUUCAAAACAAUAUUUCUUCAAUUCUUUUGCGUUUGCGUAAACGUUAUGCUUCCUCUCCACAAUUUGUUCCAUUAGAUUAUAUUCUUCGCGAAUUAAUUGUUUUCUCAUUUAAAAAUUCCCCGCCAAUUAAUUGGGUUUUAGAAAUUUGCCGGGGAGCGGAUAUAAAAUAUGGCAAAUUGCUUGCUGUUGCUUCUGAACAAUACAGAAUUUUUGACCCUUUCUGGAAACAAAAUCAACGUGCUUUUAAUUUUAUGUUGGACUUGGCAGUUUUGACAACAGAACGAUCGUUGGAGGAAGCUAAAGCUUUGGGAAGUUCAGACAGAAAAGUACUCAAGAAUACAUGUUUGGAAUUUCUGUCAUCAUUACAAUUAAAUGUCCAAGAUCGAAUGAGUUUUGGCGUUGCUUCAACAACCCAAAGAAGUAUAACUGAGCGACUUGAACUUUUAAAUGCACAAAUUUCAAAGAUUUCGUAAAGAGGAAAACAAAAAAAAAUUUUUUUUUAAUCGCCGACGACCACUGCCCUUCAAAAAAGCAAAAAAAUACAAGAGUUGUUGCUCAUCUAUCGGUUAAUUUUUUAUUUAAAAAAUAUAAAAAUUGUUAUUUUAUUUAUCAAUUUUUUGUUUAUCUAUGUUCCUUUGUUGGCGUUAUAAUUUUUUCAAAAAAAAUUUUUUUCAACGCUUAUUUUUGUUUUCAUCUGGUAAUGAUCUUUUUUAUAUUUAAAAAUAAUUUGAUGUUUAAUUAUUGUCUCUUUGUUGUUACUAAUUAAAAAAAAAGUUAUAUAAUUCUUAAAAUUAUUUUAGACUCUGUGAAAGACAAGAAUUAUUCCCAGCUUUUCUUAUUAGGUGUCAGAAAUCUAAAGUAAAAUCUUCUUGAGAGAACCUUUAUUAUGAGUGGAUAUGUUGUAGGAAAGCGUUGAUACUAGUAAUAGGCACGGUUCGGUCUAUCGAGAGCAGAGGUGGGUCGGAAUUCCGAUUUCCAACGUUUUUUUCCUUCCGUUUUC